CAAAUGAAAUCCACACCACUGGAUUAACCGCCAAUUAAACAAACUGUGGGGGGGCAGACUGCAGAGAGAACAAGAAGAGAUGUGCACUUGUGUCUUUCCAGGAAUGGCAAGUGCUGCUGCUGUUCCUCCAUACCCAACUAGCUCACUUUCUCCUCACAACACUUCACACUUCACUUAUUUCCUUCCAUCACUACAACUUCAAGCUAAAAGAAGCAAUUUCAACCAGCUCAAGACUUGUCCUUUAUCGCAUUUCUCAACCAAUUGUUCAUCCUCAAGUCAGGGAUCUAUUGCAGAUGAUAACUUUUUCCAAGAAAACAAAGAAUUAAAUGAUAAGAACCAAGAGAGCAAAGGGUUUUGGAAGAAAUGGAAGGAAAACUCAGCGGAAAUGAGUGCAAAGCUAGCAAAAUUGGGGCUUGCGGCUGUUCUAGCUUAUGGUGUUUUUGAUGGAGUCACAUACACUAGUUUCUUUGUGCUUGCAUUCUUGACCUAUGGGAAGACUACUGGGAAUAAUCCUGCUGCAAAUCUCCAAGCUUUGUUGGGGCCCGGUGCACACAGCAUCCAGCCUUAGCAGGGUCCGGGGAAGGGCCGCACCUCAAGGGUUGUGACGUAGACAUCCUACCCAAAUACAAGCAUUAGUGGCUGCUUCCACUGCUCGAACCCGUGACCUAUAGGUCACACGGAAACAACUUUACCGUUGCUCCAAGGCUUCCCUUCUAAUACAAUUGUUUGUUUCUGGAAAAUGACCAAGUGAUAAAUGGGGAAACUUUUGGCUUUAGCUUUGGUUUAAAGAGAUGGAGACUUGAUUUCCUGAACUUUUUGGUGCAAAAGUAAACGUGACCUUAUUAUCUAAAUGCAAUAGGAAGUUUGUGUUAUUCACAUUUAGGAUACGGAUGAAUGCUUAUAAAAUAGCAUCUUCACUUGUAUUUUGUAUUAGUAGAUUAUCCACUUCAGGAUUUAGCAUACCGAAUUGUCUUUCUUUAGAUCAAAAUCCUUUUUACCAAAUUGUCUAUUUCUCAUCUUACGACUAAAUUUAAUGUCAUUUUAUCUCUCUUUAUAAAAAAGGGCGUCCAGGCCAAACUCUAACAAUAUUCUAAUGAGAAUCAUUGAGCAGCUA